UUGAACAUCAAUAUUAUGGCAGCAGUAAGUGUUUCACAGCAAAAGAGUCUGGAGGGAUAUGUGGGAUUUGCAAGCCUCCCCAACCAAGUGUACAGAAAGUCUGUGAAACGAGGCUUCGAGUUCACCCUGAUGGUUGUGGGAGAGUCAGGGUUGGGCAAGUCCACGCUAAUAAACUCUCUGGUUCUAACGGAUCUGUACUGUGGAGAAUAUCCUGGACCUUCUCAUCGAAUCAAGAAAACAGUUCAGGUGGAGCAGUCCAAAGUGUUGAUGAAGGAGGGAGGCGUCCAGCUUCUUCUCACGAUAGUUGACACGCCAGGAUUCGGCGACGCUGUGGACAACAGCAACUGCUGGCAGCCGGUCAUCGAUCACAUCGACAGUAAGUUUGAGGAUUAUCUGAACGCGGAGUCACGCGUGAACAGACGGCAGAUGCCGGACAGUAGAGUGCACUGCUGCCUAUAUUUCAUCGCACCCUCAGGACAUGGACUGAAACCUUUGGACAUCGAGUUCAUGAAACGGUUGCACGAGAAGGUCAACAUCAUCCCCUUGAUUGCCAAAGCGGACACCCUCACCCCCGAAGAGUGCCAACAGUUCAAGAAACAGAUUAUGCGAGAAAUCCUGGAGCACAAGAUCAAAAUUUACGAAUUUCCGGAGACUGAUGAUGAGGAGGAGAACAAGAUUGUGAAAACAAUCAAAGAUCGGUUGCCCCUGGCUGUGGUCGGAAGCAACACUAUCAUCGAGGUGAAUAGCAAGAGGGUUCGAGGAAGGCAGUACCCAUGGGGUGUGGCAGAAGUUGAAAAUGGGGAACACUGUGAUUUCACACUCUUAAGGAAUAUGCUCAUCAGGACCCACAUGCAGGACCUCAAGGACGUAACAAAUAAUGUCCAUUAUGAGAACUACAGAAGCCGGAAGUUAGCGGCUGUUACCUGUAAUGGAAUUGACAACAACAAAACCAAAGGCCAGCUCACCAAAAAUGACACGGUUGAAGGCAUGAGCCCUCUUGCACAGAUGGAGGAGGAGAGGAGAGAGCAUGUGUCCAAGAUGAAGAAGAUGGAGAUGGAAAUGGAGCAGGUCUUCGAGAUGAAAGUCAAGGAGAAGAUCCAAAAGCUGAAAGAUUCAGAAGCAGAGUUGCAGCGACGUCACGAGCAGAUGAAGAAGAACCUGGAAGCCCAGCAUAAGGAGCUGGAAGAGAGACGACGUCAGUUUGAGGAGGAGAGAGUGAACUGGGAGACCCAGCAGCGUAUACUGGAGCAGCAGAAAAUGACUUUGGAAAAGAAUAAGAAGAAAGGGAAGAUCUUCUGAAAGCUUUUGUAUGAUGAGCCGGUCGUGCUCAUUGGCCAAUCCCCCUGUGUUGUCCUCGGGCAGACUCGCAACUGUUCUGCUGGAGGCCUUCAAGCUGUUCGUGGAGUUCCACAAAAGAGUUUACCUUCGUCGGACUCUGUUUUAGGCAAGCCAACCCCACACCAAUCUAAAAUAUAUUAGGAAUUUUCAAGUGUUUUUGAUUACUUACCAGCUGAUGUCCACAGUUAUAUGCGAAAACACAUCUAGCGGUCAAACUGUAUUUUUGUAAUAAAUUGUUUACUCGUCAAUUACUCGAACCUCAGUAACAGAAGUGUGUUUUCUGAGAAACCUGUGUGAUUUUUAACCCCCUGACCCAUGAAACAGCCUAACUGUACAUCUUCACAUGCACAAAUGACAUUUGGAGGAGAUGGGCAAAACCGUUUGCUCCUAUGGCUUAUGAUUUGUGUUUUUUUUCUCUCAUUGCAGCAGUGUGCCCAAAAUAUGUUAUGUCGAGUCAAUAUCCUUUGACCACCUCCUAUAACUUCAUUAAUGUUAUUAUUUCAUUUAUUUUUAUAUAUUAUAGUAUAUAAAAUGUAUGCGUACACCAAGACAGCUAACGUAAUACUUUUUUGUAUGUUUAUUAGAAUACUCGGCAGACUGGUGUCUUAAAAUACCUAGAGAGCAUCAGAAAUAUACUUCGAACGGUCGUGUUUAUGCAAGAGUGGUAUCUUUUGUUCUUUUGUUAUGUUCUUCAUAUCUGUAUUUUUAAUUUUAUUUUUCAUUUGUAUUGUACAGUCUCUUAAUAAACUUGUGAUGAUACAAGUA